CAAUACGGCCACACUCGCCCAUAAAACUGCUAGAAAACACAAGCGUUGGCGAAAAUAAAACACAAAAUUAGUAAUUUUACACUGCUAAAGAUUAAAAAAUAAUAAAAUGCCGGACUAUCUGGGGGAUGAUCAGCGCAAAGUAAAGGUCGAGAAGAAAGAGGAAGAAAAAGAAAUCAAGUCGCUUGACGAAGGCGACAUCGAACUGCUGAAAACGUAUGGCCAGAGUCAAUACCACAAGUCCAUUAAAAACAUCGAGGAGGAUAUACAGAAGGCCGUGAAACAGGUUAACGAGCUAACCGGAAUUAAGGAGAGCGACACUGGCUUGGCACCGCCAGCCCUGUGGGACUUGGCCGCUGACAAGCAGAUACUGCAAAAUGAGCAGCCGCUGCAAGUAGCGCGUUGCACAAAGAUCAUCAACGCCGACUCCGACGAUCCCAAGUAUAUCAUCAAUGUGAAGCAGUUUGCCAAGUUUGUGGUAGAUCUGGCCGAUUCCGUUGCACCCACAGACAUUGAGGAGGGCAUGCGUGUGGGCGUUGAUCGCAACAAGUAUCAGAUUCACAUACCGCUACCACCCAAAAUUGAUCCGACUGUAACCAUGAUGCAGGUGGAGGAUAAACCGGAUGUUACCUACAGUGAUGUGGGUGGUUGCAAGGAGCAGAUUGAAAAGUUGCGUGAAGUCGUGGAGACACCACUGCUGCACCCGGAGAAAUUUGUCAAUCUCGGUAUUGAGCCACCCAAGGGAGUGCUGCUGUUUGGCCCACCCGGAACGGGCAAGACACUGUGUGCGCGUGCCGUGGCGAAUCGCACGGAUGCCUGCUUCAUACGUGUCAUCGGCUCGGAACUUGUGCAGAAGUACGUGGGAGAGGGUGCACGCAUGGUCCGUGAACUGUUCGAGAUGGCUCGCUCCAAGAAGGCGUGUCUCAUCUUCUUCGAUGAAAUCGAUGCGAUUGGCGGUGCUCGCUUCGAUGACGGCGCUGGCGGCGACAACGAGGUGCAACGUACUAUGCUGGAGCUUAUUAAUCAGCUGGACGGUUUCGAUCCGCGUGGCAACAUUAAGGUGCUGAUGGCCACCAAUCGACCCGACACAUUGGACCCGGCGCUUAUGCGUCCCGGCCGUCUGGAUCGUAAGGUGGAGUUUGGACUACCCGAUCAGGAUGGACGCUCGCACAUCUUCAAAAUCCACGCCCGUUCCAUGUCCGUGGAGCGUGACAUACGCUUUGAUCUAUUGGCGCGUCUGUGCCCGAAUUCGACGGGCGCUGAGAUUCGUUCAGUGUGCACGGAGGCAGGCAUGUUUGCCAUCCGAGCGCGUCGCAAGGUGGCCACCGAAAAGGAUUUCCUCGAGGCCGUCAACAAGGUUAUCAAGAGCUACGCCAAGUUCAGCGCCACUCCUCGUUAUAUGACCUACAAUUAAGUUACAUUUUGUAUAACACACCUCACCUGUGCUGGAAGCUAAACUCAAAACUGUUGCUGCUGCAGCUGAGCAUUAACUAAGAAAAUAAAAUAUCCACAAAAUAUA